AUCUAACUCUGACACGGCAUUGCGCUUGGAUUGUUUAUGCGCUAAUCUCUCCGCGCACGAGGUUAUGGCUGCUGUUCUUGAGUUGCAAAGCUGAUUAUUGAAAGGCUAAAAUCUUGAUGUACCCUCACUGUAAUCUCUGCCAGCGUGCUGUAGACACCUUGUAUCUCACCCCCGAUCGUUGAUGACUAUCACCCUCUAGCAUUACCUCCAUCUUCACACAAUAACCCUCUCCAAUUAAGAGUCUACCCCAACACAUCAAGAGACUCUGAACAUCUUCUUCUCAGAAACAUAACCCACCCCUCAACCUUACUAUAAAUCCUUUUUCUUCCUGCCCUCGCUUCCCAACCAGCAGCAACCAUUCGCCCUUCUCUUGCUACAGCGGUCCUGCCAUCCAGGCCCCGCUCCCACCAGGUGCCCGGCAUGGCGCCCCAGGGGCGGGAGCACCUGGCAGCGCGGGAGCAGGGCGCGCGGAGACGGAGCCCUCACUUGCGCCACACCCUAAGCCCGGAGAACCUGAGAAGCUUGGCAGAGCGUGGCGCAACCGACCCCACUAUUGCGAGCACAACAGGACUCACCAGAGCGAACAGCGACACUGACCUGGUCAGUUCCCAGAGUCGCUCUUCUCUCACAGCUUCUACACUGGAGUUCACCCUUGGACGAGGGCAGAACCUGGUCAUCUCCUGGGACAUUAAAGAGGAAGUGGAUGCCACUGACUGGAUUGGCCUGUACCAUAUAGAUGAGACCUGUCCAUCAAACGUCUGGGACUGCAAAAAUCGUGGUGUGAAUGGCACACAGUGUGGUCAGAUUGUCUGGAGGCUGGAGCCUGGCCCAUACUUUCUGGAUGCUGAGACCAGGAUUUGCUUCAAAUACUACCAUGGAUUGACUGGAGCUCUGAGGGCCACAACACCCUGCAUCACAGUCAAGAACCCCCGAAUUUCGGCGGACGGCCAAGUGGAAGGACAGCUGAAUUCCGAAAACAGCCGAAAAUUGCUCAGCUUUACCCUAUCAGAUGUACGUGCUGUGGGACUGAAGAAGGGCAUGUUUUUUAAUCCUGAUCCUUACCUAAAGAUGCGCAUUCAUCCAGGAAAAAGAAACGGGUUCCCCACCUUUUCCCACCAUGGCCAAGAGAGACGAUCUGGCAUUACAACUAACACCACAAACCCUGUGUGGCAUGGAGAGAGACACACUUUUGUGGCGCUAAUAACUGACGUCUUAGUGAUCGAGGUCAAGGACAAAUUUGCCAAAAGUCGACCGAUUAUCAAGCGCUUCCUCGGUCAGCUGAACAUCCCUGUUCAAAGGCUGAUAGAAAGGCACGCAUCAGGCAACCAAUCCCUGAGCUUCUCUCUCUGCCGACGCUUGCCUACGGAUAAUGUUAGUGGUCAGCUCCAGUUUAAAGUGGAUAUCACCUCCACCAACCAGGAUGACGUCUCCCCUGAGUCAUUUUUUGGAGUAGCAGCCAUGAAUGGACCACCUGGUACCCCCUCAGAUGAUGAAGAUUUGCCCCACGCUCUUCCUCUAUCGUCUGGAGCUCUGUCCCCCACCAGCUACCAUAGUUUCAGAAGAAACGAGUAUGGUAGCAGCAUUCUAUCACCUGAUUCUGAAAUCUGUCCUGGUGCUUUCUUUGAAGAAGCCCCCUCUUCCCUUGAUGCACUUCAAGCAAGCUUCAGCGAGCAGCUUGAUGCCAUUGAGGCUCCCAAGGGUCCGGGUGAACGGCCAAUGGGUUCGGCGUCCCCAAAACUCAGCUCCAGCUUCCCGACUCACACCCGCCUCAGUGACAUGCUCCACAUCGAUUCUGACGAGGACGAGGACAGGUCUGCCGGGAUUGAUCCCAUACCUUCUGUCAUGAAUGGACUCAAAUGUCCAGUCAUACUUCACAGGCCAAAACAACCUGAAGUCCUGGAGGAAACAGCGAAAGAAGUUGGAGUGGAGUCAAACAUGGAAACACUGAGUUUAGGGCCCAAGGUGGCACCAAAGCCUGAAGAGGCACCCAGUUCUGUGGCUCCACAGGUGGAAACGAUGAGUCUGAUAGAGAGACAAGAUGAAGGAGAGGAAGAAGGGCUGGGACCCAGUGAGGAGCUGGCUACAGAGGUUGACAUCUCUUCCAUGGCGUCUGAUUGUUCUCCCAUGCCAGUAUCUGCCACACAGGAAGCAGAACAGGGGGCAGAGACGGCGAUAGAUCCCGGAGGAGAAGAUCUCUCAGAUGACCCAUCCACUACGUGUGAAGUCAUCGAUGCCGGAUGUGAGCGUGAACGUCCUCCGACCGAUGAGCUUGAACUGGACAUAGCACCUCCAGUGCUAUUGGUCAACGAGGAUGAAGAUGACGUGGAGGAGGACACAAUGUCCAGGAGGUGGAGCCUGGAGGCAACAGCAGGCGUAUCCCAAGAGGAUGAGGAUGAAGAGGAGCUAAUGCAUUCGGGAGAGGCCGGGUCUAUAGACUCUGAGACAUUUGCUUCAGAGACAAACACAGAUCCAGGUUCCACCCAGCUAAAUGGACAUCAACAGGUUCAUUCGCUUCCCUCUGUGAGACAAGAUAUUCACCGGUACCAGCGUGUGGACGAGCCCCUACCACCCAACUGGGAGGCUCGGAUUGACAGUCAUGGACGCAUCUUCUUUGUGGAUCACGUGAAUCGGACCACAACGUGGCAGAAACCCACUGGCCCUCCUGCUCCUCAGGGCCUGGCGCGCUCCAGCUCCAUCCAGCAGAUGGAGCAGCUCAAUCGAAGGUAUCAGAGCAUCCGUAGAACUAUAACCAGCGAGAGGAGCUCUGAUGAGCAAAACUCUGACUUCUCAUCUGAGGACACAGACCCGCUAGCGCAGUCCACCUCCGACUAUCGCAGAGAGGGCUCGUUGGCUCACACCAGCCCUCACUCUCGUCUCAGUCUGCUACUUCAGUCUCCUGGUGCCAAGUUCCUCUCCAGUCCUGACUUCUUCACUGUGCUUCAUUCAAACCCUAGUGCCUAUCGCAUGUUUACAAGUAACACGUGUCUGAAGCACAUGAUCAGUAGAGUUCGGCGGGAUGUGCAGCACUUUGAGCGCUACCAGCACAACCGAGACCUAGUCAACUUCCUCAACCUGUUUGCCAACAAACAGCUGGAGCUGCCACGCGGCUGGGAAAUGAAGCACGAUCAAACUGGCAAAUUGUUCUUUGUGGAUCACAACUGCCGUGCCACAACAUUUAUUGACCCGCGGCUGCCCCUGCAGAGUUCACGUUCUAGUGGCCUCCUGGCACAUCGGCAGCAUCUCAGCCGCCAAAGGAGCCACAGUGCCGGAGAGGUGGCAGAUGACUCCCGCUCCCCGAGUCCACCCAUGCAGCCCAGACCCUCAAGUACUUUUGCUGGUUCCAGUCGCAAUCAGUACCAAGAUCUGGUACCUAUGGCCUACAAUGAGAAGAUUGUGGCAUUUUUAAGACAACCAAACAUCUUGGAUAUCCUACAGGAGAAGCAACCAGAGCUUGUGAGGAACCAUACCCUCAAAGAAAAGGUCCAAUUUAUUCGUAAUGAGGGGGCUUCUGGAUUGGCCCGGCUGUCUAGUGAUGCAGAUCUGGUCAUGCUGCUCAGUCUGUUUGAAGAGGAAGUGAUGUCGUACGUGCCGCCCCAUGCCUUACUGCACCCCAAUUACUGUAAUGCCUCCCCACAAAGCUCCCCUGGAACUCCUCGGGCGAACGCUCGUGCCCCUGCGCCUUACAAGCGUGACUUUGAGGCCAAACUGAGAAACUUCUACCGCAAACUGGAGACAAAGGGUUAUGGGCAGGGUCCAGGAAAAGUAAAGCUGAUAAUUCGCAGAGAUCAUCUUCUGGAAGAUGCCUUUAACCAGAUUAUGUGCUACUCACGUAAAGACUUGCAGAGAAGCAAACUGUACGUCAGCUUUGUCGGAGAGGAGGGGUUGGACUACAGCGGCCCAUCAAGGGAGUUCUUCUUCUUGGUGUCCCGGGAGCUCUUUAACCCAUACUACGGACUCUUUGAGUACUCAGCAAAUGACACUUACACUGUGCAGAUCAGCCCAAUGUCAGCCUUUGUGGACAACCAUCAUGAAUGGUUCAGGUUUAGUGGACGUAUAUUGGGCCUUGCUCUAACACACCAGUACCUUCUGGAUGCCUUCUUUACUCGACCCUUCUAUAAAGGCCUGUUGCGCAUCUCGUGUGAUUUGAGUGACUUGGAGUUCUUGGAUGAGGAGUUCCAUCAGAGUCUGCAGUGGAUGAAAGACAAUGACAUUGAGAACAUGCUGGAUCUCACUUUCACUGUCAAUGAGGAGGUGUUUGGUCAGAUCACAGAGCGUGAACUGAAGCCUGGAGGAGCUGGUGUUGCAGUGUGUGAGAAAAAUAAAAAGGAGUACAUCGAGCGCAUGGUGAAGUGGCGCAUUGAGAGAGGAGUGGCCCAGCAGACUGAAAGCCUCGUUCGGGGUUUUUAUGAAGUUGUGGAUGUACGCCUGGUCUCUGUGUUUGAUGCCCGUGAGCUAGAACUCGUCAUUGCUGGAACUGCAGAAAUUGACCUGGCUGACUGGAGAAACAACACAGAGUAUCGAGGAGGUUAUCAUGAUGGGCAUAUUGUCAUCCGAUGGUUCUGGACAGCAGUGGAGCGGUUUAACAAUGAACAGAGAUUGCGACUACUUCAGUUUGUCACAGGCACUUCAAGCGUUCCCUACGAAGGCUUUGCUUCUCUUCGAGGGAGCAACGGUCCACGCCGUUUUUGUGUUGAGAAAUGGGGCAAAGUUACUUCUCUUCCAAGAGCUCACACCUGUUUCAACCGUUUGGAUCUGCCUCCAUACCAUUCUUUCUCCAUGCUUUAUGAGAAGGUGCUCACCGCGGUGGAGGAAACGAGCACGUUCGGCCUGGAAUGAGACUCCUGCACCAUCUCUACUUUGCAAAAGUGUCCACCAUUUGGACCGCCACGUCUUUUUGCGCCUUUUUCUGUAUUUUCAACUGCACUCUUAGUAAUGGCCUUUGUUUCUGGACCAUUUUCCUUAUCAGUUGAAAGCUCAAUAGUGAGACUUGCUCUAUGGUACACACACACACACACAUACACAGACAAAAGACAUUAGCACUACAAGUAGAAGCAACUCAUCAUAUGUGUGUAACUGAAAAAUUUCCUCACAAACAAACCUUACUAACACAGUGAGAAAUUGUUCCCCUAAUAACUAAAAGUAUGAAUUAACACAAUAUUCUUCAUUUACUGUUAAAAGAAAACACAGCCACAAAUGUACUAAACAAGGUGAUGGAUUAAUACACUCAUGUUUUGCAUUAUGGAAUGAAGCUGACUCACUUUACAGAUCUUUAGGAGUUCAGUAUAGAUGAAAAGAAAUUUAGCACUUUUGUGGAUGCAUGAUGUUCUUGUUUCAUUGCUGUGGAUUAGUGUGGACAGUUAGGAGCUGGAAUCUGUGCCACAUUUUAAAACAGUUUUAUAAAACAAUAUAAAAUAUAAUAUGUACAAAACUCUGCUAUUAUUACUGCACUUAUUACAACACAAGUUACAAAUAAAUGGAGAACAUAAUGAAGCAUCAGUAUUCUAAUCGGCCCCACCAAGCAGCCUCUGUUGAGUCCUUGAGCAGGACCCUCAACCCUGUGCUUUGAUCCCAGCUUCCAAAUUGUUAGGGGCAGUGGUAGUUUAGUGGGUAGAGCUUGUGCUCUAACCCUAGCUUCUAAAUGAGCUGGGAUAUGUUUAAAAAUUAUACUGCAUACACUGAUC